UACUCAUGAGACACCCUGCAGUGUGUAGGGCACGGGCACCAUUCACUUCCUCUUUCAGCUCGGUUUCUUUCUCUUCUGUGAUCAUGGCUGCGCUCAAACACACCAGCCAUGUUUGCUAAUUUGAGACCCAAAGGUUAGCGAAUACCUGUUUACUAUUUACAUCGCCUGCACCAUCUUCAACCAUAUAUUUCUUCAGUCGGAGUGUCAGAGGCUUCAGUGCCUUUGAUAUCCAAGGAUAACAAGAUGGAAGCAAAUAAUCAUUUUAACUAUGGCCCACACUCGUCUGUGUCUGCAAACUCAGGACUGAAGCUUUCCUCAGGGGAGUCUCUCUAUACUAAUGGGUCCUCCAUGAGCUUCCCCCAGCAAGGGAAAAAUAUAAACGGCGACAUGAAUGUGAAUGGCAUCACUACUGCAAUUGGGACCAGCCAACCUGGCCCACACCCCACCUCGUCAUCGUACCCACACAUGACCAACCACCACCACCAGGGCAGCAUGGCCUACGACUAUCUGUGGGGCCAGCCCCAAUACAGCCCGGCGAUGUCGUCAGGGUCCACUCACGGCAUGCACCAAAAGCAGGGCUCCCCAGGGGUCCUGCAACAGAACCAGCACCACUUCCAGAGCCACGGACAGUAUCAGGUCAAUGGGGCCAUGGGGGCCUCCCACCAGACUCCUGUGGGUGGGGCACCUAACGUUAGCCUGGGGGCUGGACAGUACUGGAACAGGCCAACCCCAACACAGCAACAGGGAGGUGCAUCCAUGGCAAUGGGCUACAACUCCCAUAGUGUGUAUGGAGGCUACCAGAGCCAGGUGCACCCAGGCUUGUCGCCCGCCCAGCACCACCAGCAAUCAGCUAUGACACACCAAGGGCCUCCCACGCACCACCACCCCCACCAUCCACACCCGCACCACCCGCAUGCCCACCACCACGCGCAGCAGCAGCAGCACUAUGGCAUGGUGCCCAACGGGAUGCCCUACUACCAGCACCAGCCUCAGCAUCAACCCCAGCACCCACCUCUGCCUUCACCUCAGCCCCAGCACCCGUCUCAGCAUCAGCCCUUACCCUCGCCCCAGCCCCAACACCCAUCCACGCACCAACAGUUGGCAUCGCCCCAGCCCCAACACCCAUCUACGCACCAACAGUUGGCAUCGCCCCAGCCCCAACACCCACCCCAGCACCAACAACUAGCCUCGCCCCAGCCACAACACCCAACCCAGCACCAGACCUUACCCUCACCUCAACAUCCACCGCAACAUCAGACCCUGCCCUCACCUCAACACCCACCCCAGCACCAGACCUUACCCUCACCACAACACGUUUCCCAGCACCAGACCUUACCCUCACCACAACACGUUUCCCAGCAUCAGACCCUUCCCUCUCCACAGCACCCGGCCCAGCAACACCAACCACUCCCAUCCCCCCAACACGCCCCCCAGCCGACGUCUCAGAUGAUGCCUCCCACGUCCCAGAACUUCACCCCGCCCAGGGGGAGUCCUCAGCACCACCACUUGGGCCAUGGCGCCUCGGGCAGCCCCCUUCCCAUGCAGGUACCCAUGAUGUCUCCCUCGGCUAUACCUGACGGUGGUUCCCCGCAGAGCCGGGACAGCCCCCUGGGAAGCAGUGUGCCACUGCCUUCAGUCAUGCAAGGCCGUCUCGGUGAAGCGUACAAAGAGGUGGACAAAGGCUACAACGGGGUGGAGCGUGCAUCUGUUGCCCAGCGGCUUCCAAAAGCUGAGGGAUACCCGGCCAGGCCCUCAGGCCACCUCUUAGUGCCCACCAGUGAAUACUGCCAGCGCGUGCCACACGGGGGAUGGACGUGGAGCCGCUCCACAUGA